AUGGCAAAACUCACUGAUGAUGCCGACUAUGAUGCCGGCGAAACGUUUGAGAAUGUACCAAGUCCAUUGGCUAAUGCUGGGACUCAUGACAAUUACUAUGGCAGACGACUUCGGACUAGGUGCGUUCUACUACGUAGCCCUGACAACAUGACCAAGUUGCGACAACGAGGACAACCCACUUCUAAAAAAUCUUUUGUUUUCAUUGAAUUUCGCACGGCUUGGCUUUCCCCAAAGUUGUUAUCAUCCAGGGGGAACUACAGGUUCGACGACAUCUAG